AUGAAUCUGGCAGAGGUCUUACAACUAGUCCUUGUAGUAAGUCAUACCUACUCUUACCUGUUUAUUGUGUUCACAUUGUUUAUUGCUUGUUACCGUAGGAGAACAAAGGUUAAAGUUUGCUUUCUAGGGUUGUUUAUUAGUAGUGUUAAAGCCGGGCUUGGCCAUCCACGUGGACAACGGGUUAGUGGACUCGGAGCUGGUCAAAGAAUGUGUCAACAAUAACUCUGUAGACCUGAUUCUGUUGUUGGAUGCCUCAGGCUCAGUAGGAGGCGACACCUUCCAACUCCAACUCAACUUCGCGUCUCACCUCGCGAACCGUCUCAACGUCUCGGCCCAAGGGAGUCACUUGGCUGUGAUACAGUACUCCGAAACCCCACAACUCGAAAUCUCGCUAAAUCAGUAUACGAAUCCCAAUCAGGUAAAUGCCAAAUAUCUUUGACAUAACGUUAGUAAUGUGAAUUUAUCGUGGUGUUACUACGACUAUUGUUUGUUAAUGUGUCAUUUAAUAGUUUGAAACGUUUUAGUUGGACUGGGCCAUUCAAAGGAUAAAGUACCAAAGUGGGGCCACAAACACUGGCAAAGCCCUGCAGUUGGCGUUGGAAAAUGGAUUCCAAGGGGCACGUGGAGGUAACGUCCCUAAGGCCGUGAUUGUGGUGACAGAUGGACAGUCACAAGAUGACGUCGCUGAAGCAGCACAACGUCUAAAGGAUGCUCAUGUCAUGGUAUACGCGAUCGGAGUGACCAACUUGGUCAACGUUCAGCAAUUACAUCAGGUAGGUCGGGGAUGUUAGUCAAUUUUUCAGUUUCAUUUUAAUUAAGAUUUGGACGUUUUCAAUUUUUAGAUCACUGGCAACGCACUCCGAGUGUUUACUGUAGAGUCAUUUGAACAACUGGACAAGUCACUGGCCGAUUCUCUGACCUGGGAUAUGUGCAAGACUGAGUUCCGUAAGUACUGUAGACAGACAAGUUAAGCAUCCUUCAUGUUCCAUCGAGGUUACUGUAAAGUGAAGAUUAAUUUGUUUUUUGUGAUGUUAACUAUGUCGCUUCUUGCAGGUCCCGGAACUCCAGAUAUUAUUUGUGCGCCAGACAGAAUCGGAGUCAGAGCGUCGACCAAGAAGCCGUUCGACGGUUACGUGUUCGUAGCCGACCAUUUCCACCAAGAAGAAUGUCGUGCUGGUCCAGAACAGUUUUCUGAUUCCAAGAGUAUCGGAAUCACAAUUCCGUUCAACAAUUGCAACGUGCACCGUUACCGUUCCGUAAGUUCUUAUACAUGUUUAAGAAUAAUAGUCUUAUCAUCAAAUAUUUUGGAUCUGUCUACUUCCAUAAUAUUCUAAUAAGAUAAGUAUCAAAAGAAUCCGAAGCAUUCUGUCUCGGAUUCUGAUGUGAAUUGGUCUGAACAAAAUCGAAAACAACGUGACGCCAUCAUUAAUCUGUUUUCAGUUGAAUCCGCGCGGAAUCUUCGUCGAGAUGACGGUAGUGUUUAUGUUCCAUUCGGUUUUCAUGACCAAAGUGGAUCAGAUGGUGAAGAUCCAAUGCUUCUACAUGGAAGCCGAGAAACCGGUUUCCGUGCCAAUAGAAGUGAGGUAAGGGCACAACCACAACUAAUAAACUUGUCAUAAACUUGUUUAUCGCCGCAUUUGCAGCAUGAUAACCACGCAGUUCCGUCAGAAGAUCUACGAGAUGCCACGAUGUGAGUACACCUUGAGGAAGGACCACCCGAACGGCCCCAUCGUGCAGUACGCCACGCUGGGACAGAGCGUGUACCACAGAUGGGAGUGCAUAGAAGAAGACAACAAAGAUACGUUCGGAAUGUUGGUGCAUUCUUGUUAUGUCGACAACGGAUUUGGAGAUCGAGUCGAUAUUAUUGACGCUAAUGGGUGAGAUCGAUUAUAAUAUAAGAAGCGCGAAACAUUUUAUCAAACCUGAGCGAUGACAAGCUAUCAGUUUGACGAUGAAACGAGUAAUCUAACACAUCAAACAAAACAAAAGUGAUAGCUUCUAUCGAUACUAAAGCAUAACAUACAAACUCGUUGGCAAACCAUGUUAACGCAAUCAUAUCGUCCCUUUCAGAUGCGGACUAGACGCCGUGUUACUGUCCACUCCCGACUACGACCAGUCGCUACGAUUGGCCCACAAACCGUACCACGUGUUCAAGUACGCUGAUCGCCCCGUUCUACAGUUCCAAUGCCAACUCACACUGUGUUUGAAGUACGAUGGAGGUUGUGCAGGCAUAACUCCACCCAAAUGCCCCGAAACCCAAGCCCACUCCCACAUCCACGACCACCAGCGGAGGCGCAAGUCCAAGAGAGAACUCAUCCCCGGACCCAAGUACGACCCGGCGGAGACUCUGGACGUGUUCACGAAGCCGUUGAUGGUGAUCGACGAGGACUUCGCCAAACUGACAGAGUGUCCUCUGCAAGGUGAAGGCCGCCACCUUGAGUGGAACAUUGUGAUAGGUCUGGUCAGUUUGACGGCCGUCAACCUACUUCUGAUGAGCAUCAGCAUCCUCUUCUGGUGCAAACGGAGGUUCGUGAGGACACUCGACUUCAAGUCCUAG